AUGUUCGUCCACUCGAGAACUUUGUUGUUACAGCAGCAUUCCGUCCUUUCCCUUCGCAAUCCCUGUCUUUCAAACAAGCAUACACUUUCCACCUCCUCCUCUGUCCGCUUCGGUUUGUGUGCAAAGCGACACCACACUGUAACAACACGCUGCACCGCCAACAGCAGCAGCAGCAGCAGCAGCUCCGCUUCGGACGUGCGCACGUGCCGCAACUGCAAGCAGCCCUUCAGCCCCGCUGACAACCACCCCAUGGCCUGCAGACACCACACGGCACAUUACGGUGGUGAAACCAAGCGCAAGUUUGAGAGUGUGUACACGGGCGGGACAAUGAACACAGUGGGAGGAGGUGAGAUCACCGCAUACUGGCACUGCUGUGGCGCCACCGACCCCUUUGAUCCAGGCUGUGUGGCCGGGCCACAUGAGACAUACGAUGACUGA